GAUAUAUUUACUCAGUAUGUCAGAAUGUACUGGCUUUUGCUUCUUGUAACAGUGCACUCAGCCGCCAGUGCCAAAAUUUUAGCAAUAGCACCUACACCCCUAUACAGCCACCAGAGUGUGUUCCGUUCGAUAUGGAGCGAAUUGAGCCAGCGCGGCCACCACGUGACCCUCAUCACCACCAACCCCAUGAAAAACCCAACCCUUUCCAACCUAACGGAAAUCGACAUCAGCUUCACCUACAAGCUCGUCUUUGAAGACCACCAAAUGCAACACGUGGUUAACACCGAAAGCAACAUCGUCAAGUUGAUGGCACACGUUUUCUUCGUCAUGAAUAAUAUGACGAGCGAGCAACUGAAACACCCCCAAGUGGAAGCGCUGGUCAAAAGUGACGACCAUUUCGACCUGAUGGUCGUGGAAGCCCAUGUACCAGCAUGGUUUGGUUUGGCGAAGAAGUUCAACUGUCCCCUCAUCAUCGUCACGUCUUUGCCGGCCACCAACUUCUUCAAGGGUGUUGUGGGGAACAUCCACAACUUGGUGUACACCCACAGCUUCGAUUUACCUUUUGGGGAGGAUUUAAGUUUCGUUCAGAGGGUGGUUUGUGUGCUUUUUGGAAUUUUUGAUGCGGUCCAUAACCGGUACUUGGUGUACCCGUUUCAAGAAAGGAUAAUUCGGGAAACUUUGGGGGAUGAAAAAAUCGACUUAAUUGAGAUUGUUCAGAAUGUUAGUUUGAUGAUUACUAAUGAAAUUCCGGGUUUUAGUAAAGUUAUCACUCAUAUUCCGUCAAUGGUUCAUACCAACGGGUUGCAAAUUCAGCCACCCCAGGAUCUCCCAAGCGACUUGAAGCAGUUUCUUGAUGAAGCUCCCAAUGGGGUGAUUUACGUCAGUUUGGGUUCAACCGUCAAGAGUUACUUAAUGUCGUACGAAAAAAAGUUUGUUCUGUUCGAGGUUUUGGGUGGGUUGGCGUACAAAGUCGUCUGGAAGCUUGAAGAAAAAGUUGACCAGGUGCCUCAAAAUGUGAAAGUCGUGUCAUGGGCACCUCAACAAGAUAUUCUCAGGCACCCAAAUACCAAACUUUUUAUAAGUCAGGGGGGUUUGCAGUCCAUAGAUGAGGCUAUAAGGUUCAAAGUACCGAUUUUGGGGAUUCCGUUUUUCGGGGAUCAGUUCUACAACUCGAUAAGGGUGAAAGAGUUGAAAUUGGGUUCGUGGAUUGAGUUACACACGUUAACUAAGGAGAAACUGAAGGAGGUGAUUUUGGAAACGGUGGAUAAUAGCACAUAUUUAAAGAAUUUGGAGGAGAUGUCGGGGUUAAUGGAACACCCACUAAAGUCGGUGGAUAAGGCAGUGUGGUGGAUCGAAUACGUGAUUAGGCACAAAGGGGCCAUUCAUUUGCGAAGCCCUUUAGCUGGUAUGCCCUUUUAUCAGUACUAUUUGUUGGACGUUGGUGGAUUCCUCCUAGUGAUUUUUAUCGUUGGAGGUUUCAUAUCUCUUAGAUUGGCAAAAUUCGCCUGGAAGCAGUUUCGACAAAGAACCUUCACGAAGGUGAAGUUACAAUAAAUGGUAUUAUGACUAA